UUGCCGUAGACAACUUCUUGGCAUUUAGCGGCAGACAGGGCUACCCCAGGAGGAAGGUGGGGAAAGGGGGCCCGUGGGGGUAAUUCACCAUCCAAAGACCUCUGUCUGUCUGUCUGUCUAGAUGGGCCCCCGCGCGGCCCCCGGUCGCCCGGGCAGCGGAGGCAGCGGCGGCGGCGGAAGAGCUCGCACCCCGGCCCCGGCGGGCCCCAGCAGAGAAGCCCGAACAGGUCCCAGGAAGGUGGCGUCAGCAUCUGCAGCCGCGUCGACGUUGUCUGAGCCUCCGCGGAGGACCCUGGAGAGUCGGACAAGGGCCAGGGCCCCGGGCCUCCCCACGCUCCCUAUGGAAAAGCCAGCUGCCUCAACAGAACCCCAAGGGUCUCGACCCACCUUGGGCCGUGAAAGUGUCCAGGUGCCCGAUGACCAGGACUUCCGCAGUUUCCGGUCAGAGUGUGAGGCCGAGGUGGGCUGGAACCUGACCUACAGCAAGGCCGGCGUGUCUGUGUGGGUACAGGCUGUGGAGAUGGAUCGAACUCUUCACAAGAUCAAGUGCCGGAUGGAAUGCUGUGACGUGCCAGCUGAGACCCUCUACGAUGUCCUGCAUGACAUAGAAUACAGAAAGAAGUGGGACAGUAAUGUCAUUGAGACUUUCGACAUCGCUCGAUUGACCGUCAACGCUGACGUAGGAUAUUACUCUUGGAGGUGUCCCAAGCCCCUGAAGAACCGUGAUGUCAUCACCCUCCGCUCCUGGCUCCCCAUGGGCGCUGAUUACAUCAUUAUGAACUACUCAGUGAAACACCCUAAAUACCCACCCCGGAAAGACUUGGUCAGAGCUGUGUCCAUCCAGACGGGCUACCUCAUCCAGAGUACGGGGCCCAAGAGCUGCGUCAUCACCUACCUGGCCCAAGUGGACCCCAAAGGCUCCUUACCCAAGUGGGUGGUGAAUAAGUCAUCUCAGUUCCUGGCCCCCAAGGCCAUGAAGAAGAUGUACAAGGCCUGCAUCAAGUACCCCGAGUGGAAGCAGAAACACCAGCCUCAUUUCAAGCCAUGGCUGCACCCGGAGCAGAGCCCACUGCCCAGCCUGGCGCUGUCAGAGCUGUCUGUUCAACACGCAGACUCACUGGAGAACAUCGAUGAGAGUGCGGUGACAGAGAGCCGUGAGGAUCGAGCAGGCGGGGCCGGAGGAGAGGGCAGCGACGACGACACCUCGCUCACCUGAGUACCGCCUCUCUGCAAGGACCAAGACCAGACUGGGGUGGAACCCUGGGGCACUGAGCCUUCUGCACUUCCUCCCUUCCCCCACCUGCCUUCUGGGGGCACUGGGCUCCUGCUCAGGUGGCUGUGGCAUGGCUGGACAUGGCCCCAAUAAAUGAACCACACAGCCCCA